CAUGAGCCGAAGCUCCGGUACGGAACACUUCCACUGGCCGCACUCAUCCGGCGAGCAGAUUCUAUCAGCGCUGUAAACAUAAGUUAUUCAACGGUUUAUCUUCAGCAACAUACGCAACUGAAAGACAUGCAUAUCAAAACAGGUACGUGGGAGUCCAACGGCGCAGGGUGUGAGUCGGACACCUUUUGCGAUCUCGUGUCUGCCACCAACUCUGAGCCUCACAUUCGUAACCGCCGCUUAUCCCCCGGCUCAGGCAACUGUAGAGUUGGUGGAGGCGGAGGCUGCAUCUCUGGAGGUGACCAGCAGCGCCAACAGCUUUCCCCUGAAAGCGACCCGAUGGAGUCCCCUCUCACAAACACCUACAACCACCGCAGGGAAAAAGAACGUAAGGGUCAGCAGCACAAAAGCCGCAGCCUCCGCAGGGACAGCCAGAAGGGGGUCCACAGAUCACACGAUCGAAGCCAGAAGGUGAACCAAAAAGAACGGUGGCCGGAGGACAGUCUGUCACUACUCAAGCUCCCGCCUGCCUUCCCAGUGCAGGACAGCCCUGCCAAGCUGCAACCUGCCGUCAGCUACGCCUCCAAGGUGAAGGCGGGGGCACCGUGUGGCGCCCUGGAUGAUGACCGCCCUGCCAUUGGUGACCUGCUGCAGAACCAGUGGGGUCUCAGUUUCAUCAGCGAAGUCAGGACGCCCACAGAGAGUUCAGGCCUUCAUCCCUCAGCCACAGCAUCUCCACCUCAGCCCACAGACAUCAACCAGCCACCGGACCUGCAGAUCAAUCACACAACCCAGCCUCGUGAGGACACGCCCACUCCAGCUCCUACUUUCACUUCCCCCGUCACAUGUCCGGAGGUGGACGAGGGUAAUGGGAAGCUGCUGCUUAGUUGUCGCCAUCUAGUUGAAGCUUUGAACUAUCACUGUCGAGAAUGGAACGGACUCUGCAACAAACAGAAAAAAGGUAAGAGAUUACUUUGGGAAAGCAUCGUCAAGCACUACAGUUCACCUCGAUUCAUUUAUAUAGCACCAAAUCACAACAUAAGUCACUCCAAGGCAUUUCACAAAGCAAGGCCAAAGACAAAAAGGACCAUCCAGACAAGUGUCACCAACAAGUCCAAAAUACAGGGUCUAUCAUGGUAUGGGUGUGUCAGUGCCCUUGACAAAAGUAAUUUCCACUUCUAUGAUGGCAGCAUUCAUGCAGAAAAGUACACAGAGGUUUUAGAGGAACAUAUACUGCCUUCAAGACCACAUCUUUUCCAGUGACGAUGCAUUUUUCAACAAGGCAAUGCAAAACCACAUUCUGCACACAUUACAAAGUUAUGA